GAGGGAUAACAGCACUGAGUAGGACUCCGAGCGCGCGUCUCACCAUCAUCAUCAUCAUCAUCAUUAUCCUCCUCAUCAUCAUCACCAGCCUCCGCUCAGUGGACAUCACGGCCAGCAGCUCUGCGCUUCAGCGCGUAAAACACUUCGUCAUUUCUCCUCUAAGCAGCCUCGAUCACAGCCUACCCGACUACACCAUGUGGAUUUAUAAGAUCCUUCUUUGCCUUUCUGUCCUGCUUUACUCGGAAAGCAAGAGGCAUGCACUUCAGGACUACCAGAAGACUGACGGGGUUCGUCUGGUUGCUCCGCCUGAUGCUUCAUACAUGAUGAAAAGCAAGAAGAUGAGCUUAGGGAAGUGUGUGCGGCGCUGCAGCCGCUCAAGAAAACUCCCCUUCACCUGCAGAGCUUUCAUGUUUGAUCAGAAUGGCACAAAGUGUCAUUUACUCUCCUUCGACAGCCUCACAGUGGGCGUCCACGCCGAGACUGACUUCAGCUUUGACCUUUACGAAAAAAAAGACUUUGUAAGAGAAUGCAUCAUUGGCACAGGCCUGAAUUACAAAGGGAGGAGAUCUGUGACCGAGAGUGGUGUUGAGUGCCAGAACUGGGAUCUGAACACACCACAUGAACAUCACUUCUUACCCCGGCGGCAUAAGCAGAAGGACCUUCGGGGAAACUUGUGCCGGAACCCAGACAAUAGCACUACGGGACCGUGGUGUUUUACCAAGAACCCCAGCAUACGUUAUCAAAACUGCAACAUUCCCCAGUGUUCGCAAGUGGAAUGUAUGAUGUGUAAUGGAGAAAGCUACCGCGGGCCCAUGGACCACACGGAGAGUGGCAGAGAGUGCCAGCGCUGGGAUUUAGAUGAACCUCAUAAACAUCUCUUCCAUCCCAAAAGGUACCCAGAUAAAGGACUUAAGGAUAACUUCUGCAGGAACCCAGACGGACGCCAGAGACCCUGGUGCUUCACCACCGAUCCUGACACUCCGUGGGAGUACUGUAAUGUCAAACAGUGUGAAUCUGAUGGUCACAAUGAUGUCGAAACGACUAUGUCAUGUUUCCGGGGGAAUGGGGAAGGAUAUCGUGGGACGGUGGCAGUUUCCAUGGAUGGUUUGACUUGUCAAAGAUGGGAUGCCCAGUUUCCACAUUCGCACUCCUUUACACCGCAGAAAUACCGCUGCAAAGACCUGAGGGAGAACUACUGCAGGAAUCCUGAUGGACGUGAUGCCCCAUGGUGCUUCACUACGGACCCUAACGUACCUUGGGUCUUUUGCACUAGCAUCCCAGGCUGUGAAGCAAUAACAGCUGAACCUGACGAGUGUUACACAGGAAUAGGCGAGAUGUACAGAGGGAGGCAGAUGAAGACUCGUUCAGGCAUCCCCUGUGCACCAUGGAUGGACCAUGCUGAGAGUAAAGCACGAGACAUGCUGACCCAGAGUGAUGAACUGGAAGGUAAUUUCUGCAGGAAUCCAGACAAGGACAAACAUGGGCCAUGGUGCUACACCAACAGCUCCCUCAUCCCCUGGGAUUACUGCACAGUCAAGCGUUGUGAAAUACAGAGCAGCGGACUACGAAAAGCCGAAGCCACGAGCACGUCGUGUUUCGUCCAUAAGCAAGUGAGGAUAGUGGGCGGUGGUCCCUUUCCUAUUAAAGAGGGCAGUUGGAUGGUCAGCAUUCAGAAAGGGGCUUCUCACUCAUGCGGAGGCUCGCUGGUCCGUGAGGAGUGGGUGCUGACGGACAGAGAGUGCUUCUCUUCAUGUGUACCUGAUCUGUCUGAGUACAGAGUGUUGCUUGGCUCUGCGCAUCUGAAUGAGUCUGGAGAGAACAAUUGGAGCAAGCAGGAAAGGAGGAUUACUCACGUUGUCUGUGGCCCCGAAGGCUCAGGACUCGCCCUGAUAAAACUGGCACAAGAUGCUCCCAUCGCCGAGCAUGUGAGGAAGAUUCAGCUGCCUGUUGCUGGCUGUACCAUUGCAGAAGGCACUGUGUGUUCAACGUACGGCUGGGGGGAAACUAAAGGCACAGGACAUGAAGGCACACUUAAGAGUGUUCAGCUGCCCAUUGUUAGCAAUGAACGCUGCCAACAAUUACACAGAGGAACGCUACAAAUCACUGAUGCUAAAGUGUGCGCUGGCGGGAAGAGAGAUGAAGGCGUGUGUGAGAAAGACUACGGUGGACCACUGGUGUGUCAGGAAAAGGACAGUAAGGUUAUAGUGGGAGUGAGCAUCCAUGGCAGAGGAUGUGCCCGACACAACAGGCCAGGUAUCUUCGUCAGCGUGGCCCAGUAUACAGGAUGGAUACACAAGGUGUACAAAACAUACCCUAGUUCAGAUAUAAUGAUGAGCUGAGCUUCAGUUAGACAAGUCCUGGAACUGUGCAGUCCUGAGGAUCCAAAACAUUGGAGACAAAAUCAAGGUGACCCACAUUAAUGACUUCACAACUCGCACGUACAUUGAAAGUUGAUAAAAAACUAUGUCCAAAAAUGUGAAAACUGGGACAACAUCUGAAAAUAGAACCUGACUAUGUUCUGAUUUCAUAAAAAAAAGUGAAGGUGAUAUGGCUGGAUUUCAUUCAAUUCCAUAUGUAUUGUUGGAAAAGUUGAAAGAAACGGUACGAAGGCCAGCUGCCUAAACCCUGAUCAAGGACAAGCUUUGUAAAUCUUUAUAUGGAUUGUGGAAAUUGUUAUAAAUUUGAAAGCCAUGUUUGGGAAAAGUUUUUUUUUUUCCCUGAAAAUCUGUGGAUGAUUUGUGAAUGUUGUGUACACACGAAUUAUAGAAAGAAGAGCGGAGAAACGAUUUCUCUGGGAAUUGAUUAAGAUCAUAAGGAAAGAUACAGAUCUGAAGCGAUUGUAGAAACUUUGGCCCAGACUAUAAAGAAAAUCUUCUUUCUUAUUUAUAUCAAACAAAUAUAUGGACAGAACAAAGAUUUGUCGAGUUAUACAUUCCUACAUAUUGUACAUCUGUUCUCUAAACCUUCCCCGCAGUAUUAUCUGUUACAAAAAGGUGUGCAUAAUAUAUGUGUAAAAUAUGUGUACAGUACUAUUAAUUAUAGGCUUUUUUUUUUUGUACUUUUAUGCUCCUGAUAAUACUUGAAUACACAUACAUCCAAACAAAACACUGUCUGCUCCAAUCGCACUUCCUCAUGUCAUGUAUUGAAGGUUCAGUUUUCUUUAUGCAGGUGUGUACAUCAUGUUUAGUGAACUCUGUAGAUGUUCUAACAUGUUAAUGUAUCUCCAACAUAUGCUGUGUUUGAAUUAUUAUCAGAAGCCAAUAGAAGGUUUAUGUGUUGUAAAUACUGUAGUCAUCACUCCCGAUGCUUGGGUAGGUCUCAUAGACCUUUUAUGGAGGUUGUAAAAUAUUAUGGGUCUUUGCUUGUGUGUGUGUGUGUGUGUGUGUGUGUGUGUGUGUGUGUGUGUGUGUGUGUGUGUGUGUGUGUGUGUUUUCUUGGCAUAAUCUUGAUCACUAGAUAUUAUUGCCAAUAAAAUUGUUGAAAGCAUGCAGGGAUCAAAAAGAAAGUAGAUGCUAAAUUUAGUUCUAUUUUGUAGUUAUUAUCAACUGACCUCUUCAAAAGUUUGUGGGUGGUGGGGGGGUUGUUUGUCAACCAUGAUGCUGGCAGGAUGCAGCUCUGCAGGACAGAGUGUGUGUGUUUGUGUGUGUGUGUGUGUGUGUGUGUGUGUGUGUGUGUGUGUGUGUGUGUGUGUGUGUGUGUGUGUGUGUGUGUGUGUGUGUGUGCGCAGGUUUUAUUAAUUAAUCAAACGCAAACGAAUGGGCCAUUACAACACUUUUAAACCUGUGGAAACACUAUCCAGGUCCCCACAAGGACACACAGAUCUGACUGUUUUGGCUUUGUGGGGACAUUUGGCUGGUCCCCACAAGGUUUUAUCUUGUGUUUCAAAAAUUCAAGCUACAAAAGUUCCAAAAAGAAAACAAAAGUUACAAAAGGUUUUUUUUUUUGGUUACUAAUGUUUAAAGUUAAAUUAAAAUUAGGGUAAGAUUUAGCUGUGGGAAUAACAUCCAUUCGCUGUAUUUUUUAGUUAUGUCAGGAGACAAAUGUGCGUGUUUAUGUGCUUCUUCGAUCUAGUUGAGAAACAUGCCUAGUUAAGCAAAGAUAUAUCUUUUUUCUGUUGUUAUAUUCUGGAUUAGUUGUAUGACAAAGCCCAUUCGUCAGAGUCGGUUAGCGUGUGUGGCCGUGGCUUGCUCUAGUUUUCCAUUCUUGACCUCUUACUUUGGACUGCAUCCAACAUCAAUCAGCUUGGAAUAUUACCCCCCAAACCAUGUCAGCUUAAGCAAAUACCAUUCUUUCCGAGCACUCCUGAUGCUCAUUAAUGUUGGUUUAUAUGAAGGAUGACUUUAAUUUGUAUGAGUCCAAAAGCAGACAUCUUUAUAUUAAGCAAUACUAGGAAUGUUCAGCAUGUGCUGCAAAACAGUCGAGACGAACCAUGUAAACAUCUUACUCUUACUCAAACUUUAUGAUUAUAUGAUUUAUCUCUUCCCAUAUUUGGACCUUGCUGAUUGAUUCCAUACCAAACUAUUGAGUUUCUCUGUGCAAAUUUGCUAUGUAAUGUAGAAUUAUUUACACUGAGGUGACCUAUACAUACAUGUCGAAUCAGCGCUGCAGAUUUCAUUAGGAGUUUCAUGUUGGUUAUUUUAUUAUUGUUAUUUGUUGUAAAUGUGUCACCUUUAUGAAUGUACAGUGCUGCUAUUUACAAUAGAAGGUUGUAAAUGUCAUCUGUGUACAGUGUUUUCUCUCUUCAUACACUCCUACUAUUAGGAGUGUAUUGUGUAUUCAUAUUCAAUGUAUUAUUCACCUGUAUUAUAUGGUUCAUGCUGAAUUACCUGGACAGCUGUAUUUAUCUGCUUACAUCGUGUGUUCAUUAGGACUCCUUUAUGUGCCUUUACCAUGUUUACCAUGUCUGAAAUUAAAAAUAAAAUACGAUUAAACAAUA